AUGCCAAAAAACGGUUCAUGGGCUCAUGGAGAUAGCAAACUCGGUCCAAUCCCUAUCUCACUAGUCAAGGGUUCAGAAGUAACGACUCUUCAUCUUCGCGAUAAAUGCAAACAAACUUUUUCCUCUAUUCUCUUUCAAAGAGCACCGACAUUAUCUUCCUUCGCCCUCUCUGAUCUAAAACAUCACCGUUGCAGCCAUCGUCUUCAUCGCACCGCAUCGCCUCCAUUUAUGUCGUCCUCAUCUCCAUCUACCUUACGACCUCAUCCUAAUCCACUCCGCCGUGGUUCAGGUUUCGCUUAUCCCAUCCUCAAGCUUCCGUCUCCGUUUGAAUCAAUGUUAGACCAGUGCAAAGGCUUCAAUCGAAGCUCCGAUCAGAACUACAACUUAGGGACUCAUGAUCUAGCAACGACAUCGAUAAUUCGAGGAAGAAAUAAAUGGGAAGCAAAUUCUAGCUAG